CCGCGAUGAAUUCUACAACACCUAAAACCAUCAAGAAGAAUCGCCACCGCGCUGGGAAAAAGAAAAGAGCAAAAAUCCUCAAGGCUCAACAAAAAGCCCUAGAGCGGGCUUUCGAGGAGAUUGAGAAUUUCGUGGGCUACCCGCUGGAACACACCCCCCUUCCUCCUCCAGUCACAGACGCUCCGCCAGGAAGAGCAAUCUCUUCCCUUGAUCUGUUCCAAGAAGACACCGUCCCUUUGGAAAACUAUAACCAGUUAACGUCUAACGCGCCCGAAAUAAUCACGCUUAGCGAUUCCGAUCACGAUUCUCCGGAGUUGGAACCUUCCCCUACAGCAUGAAAUAUUGC